UGUCAUUCUCUCUUUUCUAGAACCCGCUUCGCCGAACGACCAUUGUAGCGGAUGUCACGGUGAACCGAGAGACACAACUCUCUUUUAACCCCAAGCACUUUUCAAUCGUGAAGUGUUAAGAAGACGAAGAAGUUUGCAAACAGCAGUCUAUUCACGAACAACAUUGUCGAUAACCGAAGCCGGACGGACCAUCAUGAGCGCUGAGGAACCCCGCCAUGUGCCUAAUGAGGUGCCAGUUGACGUCGAAGUUGUCGGUGAUGCAGAUGUCGAGGCCGGAGAAGAUUCUAAGCUCAUGAAACUGUAUUCGCACCCUUGGACGCAGAUCAUUCUCAUCAGCUUCAUCUGCUUCUGUCUCCCGGGAAUGUACAACGCCCUCACAGGCCUUGGCGGUUCUGGUCAAGUCGACUCGACCGUCGCGGCUAACGCGACUGUCGCCCUCCUCUCCACCACGGCCGUGGCGGCGUUGUUCUUCGUCGGUCCGAUCCUUGCACUCGUCGGUCCGAAGAUCGCUUUCCUCAUCGGCGGCUGGACGUACGCUCUCUACAGCGGGAGUCUUCUCAACUUCAACCACAAUGCAAACGGCCCCUUUGUCAUCGCCGCCGGCGCGAUCCUCGGCAUCGGCUCCUCCUUCAUCUGGAUCGUCCAGGGCGCCAUCAUGACGACAUACGUCCACGAAUCGCAAAAGGGGCGCGCCAUCGCCGUCUUCUGGAUCAUCUUCAACCUCGGCGGCGGCGUCGGCUCCCUCGCGGCCUUUGGUCUCAACUUUUCGUCCACCACGGGCACCGUCAACGACGCGACCUACAUCGCCCUCAUGGCCAUCAUGCUUUUCGGCUGGGCGCUGGGCAUCUUCAUCUGUUCGCCGAAGCGCAUCCGCCUCGCCCAGCUGCACGCUGCCACCGAGACCGAAAACCACUCGAUGCGCGGCCUGUUGGACAUGACGGUCGCAACGCUCUGCAACUGGCGCGUUGCCUGCAUGCUGCCGCUCUUCUUCUGCGCCAACGUCUUCUAUUCGUACCAACAGAACAACGUCAACGGCAUGACCUUCAACAUCCGCACCCGCUCCCUCAAUGGCGCGCUGUACUGGAUGGCCCAGAUGUUUGGAGGCCUCCUCAUCGGCCUGCUCCUGGAUCUGCCCAUGCUCGAGCGACCCGGCCGCGCCCGCCUCGGCUGGGUCCUCCUCUUUGUUACCGGAAUGGUUACCUGGGGCGGCGGCUACCAGUUCCAGAAGUGGCAGGAUGCCCGCCACGCGCAGGGCCUCAUACAGGACGUCGACUACACCCAGGGGUCCAUCUCGACGGGGCCCAUCUUCCUUUACAUCUUCUAUGGCGCCUACGACUCGCUGUGGCAGUCGUACUGCUACUGGCUCAUGGGCACCCAGUCCAACUCGACGGGCCGGGCGGCCGUGCUCGUCGGCGCCUACAAGGCCUUCCAGGCGGCAGGCGGCGCCAUGGCCUGGAGGAUCAACGCCCAGCACACGAGCGCCAUGACGCAGCUCGCCAUGAACUGGGGGCUAAGCAUCGGCUCGUUGGUUCUCGCGCUGCCGACGGUGUUGGCGGUGACCAAGAGCACCAGCGUCACGGAAGAGGCUGGCGCCGAAACGCCCAGUGAGAAGACCGAGGAGAAGAUGGUCGAGGACUCAUAAGCCUGGAACGGGUGUUGAAGUGAAAGUAAUGUACGUCCGAAAGGACGUAUCUUUAUAUACAAAGAGAUAUGUCUCUGAUUCCCAUGAUCAGUGCAGAGCAGUUGUGAUGGAAAAAUGUAUUACUUCUUAAUGUCAAAAGCAUCUUAUCGCGAGUGUUGAUACAAAUCUGAUCGACCUUGAGACGUAGGAAUCUCUCGAAUGCCUCC